CUGCAGGGACUUCCGCCGGGACCCGCUGCUGUCUCCCGGCCCAGCUCCAUUGAUUAUUUCACGCACAUUUUUCUCCUGACCCGAGGCGACGUGUUUAUCUGACAAAACUGAUCUUUGGAUCUGGGUCUCUUCCUGCACCUCCGAUUCCGUUCCAUGAGCUGAUCGAUUCGGCCGGCCGGUGCGGCUCAGUGGGAGCGUCCAUCCCGUCAGGGCACCGGCCGGGCCGUGGGUCCGACCCCCGCGCGGGGCCUGAGGCGGCGGUCAGUGACUCCCCCCUCCCUUCCUCUGAAGCCAACGAAAACGUGUGUUUUAAAGUAAGACUUUGUAACCACGUAUUUUCCACUCUGCUGACUAGGAAUAGAUUUGUAGACGCACCACAAACAUUCCGCUCAGUCAGAACCGACUGAGGGCUGUCAGGUGCGGACCCACAGGAUGAGACAAACUUCCAUGUUCCAGGAGCUUUUACCCCGAACGGCCCGUUACCGGCCGCGUCACCGGCCCCGACGCCCGACGCCCCGCGCCCUGCGCCUGCGCGGACGCUCCGAGGAGAUGGCGGCGCGCGGCCUCCCCACCCCCGCGCACGGGCACGCGGGCCGCGGCGCCUUCCGCGACGUGUACGCGCCCGCGGAGGACACCUUCCUGCUCCUGGACGCUCUGGAGGCGGCGGCGGCCGAGCUCACGCGGUGCGAGUGGGCGGGUCCCCGUGGGCCGGCGACGGGCGUCCCGCCGGCAGCGGCCCGGGGUCCCGGAAGGGCCGGAGGCGCGGUCCGCCGGGCAGGUGACCCGGAAGCCGUCACCGCGCUCCCCGGAAGCAGGAGCGAGGGCCGGGGUCCCGAUGUCGGUACCGGAGCUGCGAGCGCUCCGCGCGGCCUUUCCGGGCGGCCUUUCCGCACCGGCCCCGCCAAACCCGCCUCCCCCGCGGCUCAGCCACGCGACCGGGAAGCGGGGCCGGCGCCGCCGACUUACCCGGAAGCCCCGCGGCCCCGGGGCCCAAACAGGAAAGUGGAGCUGUGCCUGGAAGUGGGAUCGGGGUCCGGAGUGGUAUCCACAUUCCUAGCCUCCAUGAUAGGCCCCCAGGCUCUGUACAUGUGCACUGACAUCAACCCCGAAGCAGCAGCUUGUACCCUGGAGACAGCACGCUGUAACAGAGUCCAUGUGCAUCCCGUCAUUACCGAUUUGGUCAAAGGCUUGCUACCAAGACUGAAGGAGAAGGUUGAUCUUCUGGUGUUUAAUCCCCCAUAUGUAGUGACUCCGCCUGAAGAGGUCGGCGGUCACGGGAUAGCAGCAGCUUGGGCUGGUGGCAGAAAUGGUCGCGAAGUCAUGGACAGGUUAUUUCCACUGGUUCCAGAUCUCCUUUCGCCAAGAGGGCUGUUCUAUUUAGUCACCAUUAAGGAGAACGAUCCAGAAGACAUUUUGGAAACAAUGAAGGUGAGAGGUCUGCAGGGGACCACCGCACUUUCCAGGCGAGCGGGCCAAGAGCUCCUUACAGUCCUGAGGUUCACCAAGUCCCCACACAGGGUCUGCUCCACGUUAGACUGAACAUUAUGUAUUACACUGAAUAUACACAUGGAUAUAUGUGUGUGUGUGUGUGUGUGUGUGCGCGCGCGCGCGUGUAGAUAGGCUGAAUGUAGUCACCAUAUUUUGAAACAAGUCAUUUUUUGGUUAACAAGUGAAACUGUCAGAAAUCUGCCGACUAGAGAAAGGUGACAGGGCUGGGCAUUAUCUUUCACCUACGAAUCAAGCCUACAGACAAGUGCCAGGAAAUAUGUACAUUAUGUAUAAUUUGCAUUUACAUAUAAAAGAUAAGUUAUGUUAUAUAUGAAAGGACAUUCAUUUCAGCAUUGCCUAAAAUAGCAAAGCAAGAAGUCAACCAGUGUGCCAUCAUGAAAGGGGCCGGUAAAGGAAGUCACACUAUGCCCAGGACACUGAGUGUGAGUGGCAUCCAGCCCUCCAGCGACUCAGAGCUGUGUGGCCUGAACCACAAGGGGCUCAUGGUGUGCUAUUCGGUGAAAACGAAGCACGGCACAGACGGUGUUGCCCCGCGUGUGUGUUUCUUACAGGCCCACAGAGAGGGUAGGUUUGUCUGUGCAUGUGAGAGUCUUGGAAGACAUCAGGUGGGAUAGAGGAACUUCUGCUUUUUUGUAGUAGCAUUUGUACAAGGAUAAUGUAUUAUAUAAUUUUUUAAACUUUUCAAUGAAAAAUUUUUAGAAUUUA